UCUUCGAAGCAUCAUCGUAAUUGGUGACUUUCUCCUCUCACGGCAAGAAUCAAUUGCACCUGAGUGUAAAAACAAAGACAAAAGGAAAAUAACAGAUUGAGACUUUGUUGUUUUUUACUUGCGACUUUCCCCUCACGCUAAACGAUUAUUUGUCAUUCUCUGUGGUGAAUGUAUUUAUAUUAUUGUACCGACAUUAUUUGUCCUUUGAUUCUAAUAAAAAUACAAAUAAAAUGUUGACAUGUCAUGCGAAUAAUAUAUUCUUUAAUUAUCUUUUGUGUAAUGUAUUAUAAUAAUUACACGAUACUUGUGGUGUGACUAAUAGAAAUCAUUAAUACGCGAAUGGUAUAUUUGAUCGAGAGUAUGUACUAUUAAUACAAAUGGUAUGUAGAACAUACAAAAGGUGCAAAGAUAUACUACGAAUGUUCCUUUGUUCUAACAUUCUUUGUGAGUUUUGAACGGUUCACCAACUAAUUUCUGCGUGAUCAAAUUUAUAAAAUUUCUCCAAGGACUGCAAAUUGAGGAGUUCUAAAUUUUUGUAUUUAUAAAAAUUAAGUGACAUAUUAGAUAUACUUCGACAUGUGGAAACCAUUUGAAGCUGGUAGUUCGCCUGUCGACUGGUGUGAACGUAAUUACAGCAUUUCUUCUAGUAUUGCAGAAUUUAUGAAUACGCUGAGCAAUGUGAUAUUUCUAUUACUUCCUCCUGUCCUUAUGCAUCUCUUCAGAGAUUAUGGACGAUUUGUAAAUCCUGGAAUUCAUAUCAUUUGGUUCUUGUUAAUGAUAGUAGGUCUUAGCAGUGCAUACUUUCAUGCUACCUUGUCUCUUAUAGGACAAUUAUUAGAUGAAUUAGCAAUUUUGUGGGUAUAUAUGGCUGGUUUCUGUAUGUUCUUUCCAAGAAGGUAUUUUCCAAAUAUUUUACAAAAUGACAGAAAACUUCUUUCUUUGUGCGCAAUGUUACCAACUCUUAUUGCAACUGGUUUGUCAUUUAUACAUCCUGCAAUAAAUGCAUUUGCAUUAAUGAGUCUUUGCAUACCAGCCUUUGGAUUUAUGAUAAUUGAAUUAAAAAGGACAAAGUCCAUGAGAGUUUAUAGAUUGGGUUUACGGUGUGGUGCUGUUUGGCUACUAGCUGUUGCUUGCUGGUUAAACGAUCGUUUAUUUUGUGAUACUUGGCUAAAUCUAAAUUUCCCUUAUCUACAUGCACUUUGGCAUUUGUUUAUUUUCAUUGCAAGUUACACAGCAGCUGUUCUCUUUGCAUAUUUUUCUGUAAAAGAUGAAAAACCACAACAAUCGCCCGUAUUAAAGUAUUGGCCAAAGGAUGAUUUUGAACUUGGAAUACCAUAUGUAACAAUCAGAAGUUACAUUAAACUCGACAUUAAUACAAAUAUAUAAUUAUCAAUAU